UGUGUGCACUUUGUGUACGGUUACAUAACCAGUAAACCGACUCCAUCUUCCCAGCGAGGAGAAAUGCACCCGCGUCUGCUUGUGGCAAGCUUCGGCGCGUGGGCGUGGGCGUACCUGACGUUGGAGGCGGCCGGCCAGGUGUACAUGGCGAGCCGGCCGAUGGACUGCCUUCCGUCUUACGAGGACCGGAUCGUGCGGACGGCGAGGUCGAAGAUCCACUGCUCGGCGCUGUGUCGCUCGCUCCUCUGCCUGGUCUUCUCGUACUCCGACGGCGUGUGCGACAUGCGGGGCGUCGGCCUCGAGGACCCCGCCGACACGCGACUGUACACGAAGUUCUCCCUCCCGUCUCUGUCUCCCCUGCAGGAGGUGUCCCGCGGGAAGAAUGUUAGCUCCACUCCGGAACUGUACCCUUGGUAUAUCCCCGAGAAUGCCAUAGAUGGCGACAACACAACCAUAUACCACGGCUAUAACAACAUCCAGCAUCCAUGGUGGAUGAUUGACCUCCAAGCCCCGACCUAUGUGUUCAUCGUGGAUAUCAUUCCAAGGCAGAACAGCUUCGAAUACAGAUUCCAUGACAUCGAGGUGCGUGUCGGAGUUACUCCCCCGAUCGAUGACAACUUCUCCCUCUGGCCGCUGCUGGGAUUCUACAAGGGGCCUUACGAACUGAGUCAAGGUGUCAUACGCUUCGCAAACAGCACGGGGAUAUGUGGCCAGUACGUCGCGGUGCAGAGGGUCUCCAGCGACGUCGAUCAGCUGCAGCUUGCCGAAGUCCUCGUGUUUGCCAAGACUAUUCUGAUCUAGGACUUUCAUGUUCAGGCUGGAAUCUGACAUAUACUGACGCAAAAUUUCGGUUUAUGUAGCGCACUUCUGUAAACUUUGAUGAUGGUUAGGUAACGCUAGGAUAAAAUGCAUCAUAGAUAUGAGAUUAACAUUUUCAAUUACUGUAAUAUCUGUCUGCAUCACAAAUUCUUCUAGAUAUAGUUUGCAAUACUGUUUAUGAAUAUUUUGAGUUCCUAACCACUCACCUGUGCGAUAGGUGUGAGAAAUAACGUGUUACAAGUGUGUAACCAAGUACAGUUCCAAUAAAGGCAUACUGGAUCAUGUUUUGUUUAUAUUGCUAAUUUUUGAGGUUCAAAACCUUGAGAAAUUAUUUUACUUAAUUGCAGAUAAUUUUCUUCGGGAGUUUGAACAAGAAAUGAAGUGGUAGUUGAUCACAGACCAAAUCAGAGAAGGGAAAUUCUCAAGACUUUAUGAGGCUGAGAAUAUAGUUGGACUUCCUUCCUUCCUCAUAACGAACACCUGAACACUUUACUGCCGUGAAUAUUUGCAAAAUGUCAUCAGCCAAUUACAACCCUCGUUACAAACAUAGCAAUCCAUUUACGGAAUACUAUGUACCACACAUGUAUUACCAGAUAAACUUGCAUGUAAUUUAGCUUUUAUGGAUCAUUAUAAUUAUGUUUCUCAUAGUGUCGGUGAUUAGAUAUUAGCAAGAAUAAAUAAAAUAAGCACAGUAGAGGGCAAUGCCGUUAUUUGGAAGAUGAAUUAAGGACACUAUUUUAUUAGGGAUAUGAUGUUAUUGCGCAGUGAAUGAGCAUAAUUGUACAGGAAUAAAUCAGUAUAUAAAACGUUCUCAAUAUCUUGCGUCAUAUUUGUUUUACCUUGUUAUAGGCCUACAGUAAUCUAUAUUUAUGCGACACCAUCAUAAAUGUAGAUUCAUAUAUACUCCCAUACAUUAAUACAUUAAUAAUGUUAUCUGUAAGAAUUCCAAUGUAAUAUCCUGCAAUUU